CAUGCGCGCUCGGUGGUGCGCGGUAGACGGAGGGAAGACGGGACCCGGCUGAAGCCCCGGAGUGCGCGCGUGCGUUAUCGCGAGCUUGCCGCUGCCGGGGCCGUCGUGUGGGAGCGGGUGUGAGACCGCCGUGCGAGUCGCGGGAAUGUUCCGAAAGGCCCGGCGAGUGAACGUGCGCAAGCGGAAUGACUCGGAGGAGGAGGAGCGAGAGCGCGAUGAGGAGCAGGAGCCGCCACCGUUGCUGCCGCCGCCGGGCACCGGCGAAGAACCGGGCUCUGGCGGCGGCGGCGACAGGGCCCCUGGGGGGGAGUCGCUGCAGGGCCCGGGGCUUCCGCCGCCUUCCGCGCUGACCUCGGGCUCCGGGGCUGAGGCCGGGGGCUGCUUCCCAGGCGGCGCAGAGCCCGGCAAUGGGCUGAAGCCGCGCAAGAGGCCGCGAGAGAACAAAGAGGUGCCCCGGGCCAGCCUGCUCAGCUUCCAGGACGAGGAGGAAGAAAAUGAAGAAGUUUUCAAAGUGAAGAAAUCAAGUUACAGCAAAAAGAUAGUAAAAUUACUUAAGAAGGAAUAUAAAGAAGAUCUUGAAAAAUCGAAGAUUAAAACAGAACUCAACUCAUCAGCAGACAACGAACCACUUUUGGACAAAGCAGGACAUGUUAAGGACACCAGUCAAGAAGAUGGGGUUAUCAUCAGUGAACAUGGUGAAGAUGAAAUGGAUAUGGAAAGUGAGAAGGAGGAAGAAAAGCCAAAAGCUGGUGGAGCCUUUUCAAAUGCGUUAUCUUCUUUGAACGUUCUCCGUCCAGGAGAAAUUCCAGAUGCUGCUUUUAUACAUGCUGCAAGGAAAAAGCGUCAAAUGGCCCGAGAAUUAGGAGAUUUCACUCCUCAUGAUAGUGAGCCUGGUAAAGGCCGCCUUGUUAGAGAAGAUGAGAAUGAUGCCAGCGAUGACGAAGAUGAUGAUGAGAAACGCCGCAUAGUUUUUUCUGUGAAAGAAAAGUCACAAAGACAAAAAAUUGCUGAGGAAAUAGGCAUCGAGGGGAGUGAUGAUGAUGCUUUAGUAACUGGAGAACAAGAUGAAGAGCUCAGCCGAUGGGAACAGGAGCAGAUAAGAAAAGGAAUUAAUAUCCCUCAGGUUCAAGCAAGUCAGCCCACUGAAGUGAAUAUGUACUACCAGAACACUUACCAGACGAUGCCUUAUGGUUCAUCCUAUGGCAUUCCUUAUAGUUAUACUGCCUAUGGAUCAUCUGAUGCCAAAUCUCAAAAAACAGAUAAUACAGUCCCUUUCAAAACUCCCAGUAAUGAGAUGACUCCCGUUACUAUUGAUUUGGUAAAGAAACAGCUUAAAGACAGGUUGGACUCCAUGAAAGAACUGCACAAAACAAAUCGACAGCAGCAUGAGAAACAUCUGCAAAGCCGAGUGGACUCUACCAGGGCUAUUGAAAGAUUAGAAGGGUCUUCUGGGGGUAUUGGUGAACGGUAUAAAUUUUUGCAAGAAAUGCGAGGGUAUGUCCAAGACUUGCUUGAGUGUUUCAGUGAAAAGGUGCCACUGAUUAAUGAACUUGAAUCAGCAAUACAUCAGCUGUACAAACAGCGAGCUUCCCGCCUUGUCCAAAGACGACAAGAUGAUAUUAAAGAUGAAUCUUCGGAGUUUUCAAGCCAUUCAAAUAAAGCUCUGAUGGCACCAAAUCUCGAUUCCUUUGGGCGAGAUCGGGCACUGUAUCAAGAGCAUGCAAAACGUAGGAUUGCAGAACGGGAGGCCAGAAGGACUCGUCGGAGACAAGCCAGAGAGCAAACCGGUAAGAUGGCAGAUCACCUUGAAGGCCUUUCCAGUGACGAUGAAGAAACUUCUACAGAUAUUACAAAUUUCAAUCUGGAAAAAGAUCGCAUUUCAAAGGAGUCCAGCAAGGUUUUUGAAGAUGUCCUUGAAAGUUUCUAUUCAAUCGACUGUAUUAAAUCCCAAUUUGAGGCAUGGCGUUCAAAAUACUAUCUGUCCUACAAGGAUGCUUACAUUGGCCUUUGUUUGCCAAAGCUGUUCAACCCCCUUAUACGGCUGCAGCUUCUCACUUGGACUCCUCUUGAGGCAAAAUGUCGUGACUUUGAGAAUAUGCUGUGGUUUGAAUCCUUGCUAUUUUAUGGUUGUGAAGAGCGAGAGCAAGAGAAAGAUGAUGUAGAUGUUGCACUAUUGCCUACCAUUGUGGAAAAGGUGAUUCUUCCUAAACUAACAGUAAUAGCUGAAAAUAUGUGGGACCCUUUUUCUACAACACAGACUUCAAGAAUGGUUGGAAUUACACUAAAAUUAAUAAAUGGAUAUCCUUCAGUUGUGAAUGCAGAAAACAAAAAUACCCAGGUAUACCUAAAAGCACUCUUAUUAAGAAUGCGGAGAACUUUAGAUGAUGAUGUUUUCAUGCCCUUAUAUCCCAAAAAUGUCUUGGAAAAUAAAAAUUCUGGGCCUUAUUUGUUUUUUCAACGACAGUUUUGGUCUUCAGUUAAGCUAUUAGGGAAUUUUCUUCAAUGGUAUGGCAUUUUCUCCAAUAAAACUCUUCAGGAGUUGUCAAUAGACGGUUUAUUAAAUAGAUACAUUCUCAUGGCUUUUCAAAAUUCAGAAUAUGGAGAUGACAGCAUCAAAAAAGCCCAGAAUGUAAUCAGUUGUUUCCCGAAGCAGUGGUUCAUGAACCUGAAAGGAGAAAGAACUAUUUCUCAGUUAGAAAACUUCUGUCGAUACCUUGUACACUUAGCAGAUACAAUCUACAGAAACAGUAUCGGAUGUUCCGAUGUGGAAAAAAGAAAUGCAAGGGAAAACAUAAAACAGAUAGUAAAACUCCUUGCCAGCGUUCACGCUCUGGAUCAUGCUAUGUCUGUUGCAAGUGACCACAAUGUGAAAGAAUUUAAGUCUUUGAUUGAAGGAAAAUAGACCUGUGAGACUGAAAAGCCUGUUUGCUUUAAUACCAUUCCCAGUGUAUAAAUUUUGUAUAUAUGUAAAGUUUCUUAAACUGUAAAAUAUUGAUUCUUGUUUUAAUACAAAGAACAUUAUUAAUAUUCAA